AAAGUUGGAAAACAUGGCAGCGUCCGUUCAGCAAAAGCAUGACUGUGAUGACAAUGUUGAGAUUAGCUUUGAAAACGUGAAAAAGGGCAAAAGUUUGAUAACCAAAAAGAAUUUUAAUGAAGGAGAUGUAUUGUUUGAAGAAAGACCCCUGGUCAGCUCGCAGUUUUUGUGGAAUGAAUUUUACAAGUAUGAGUCGUGUGAAUACUGCCUGUGCUCCCUGGAGACUGCAGAGAAUCAGAGUAGAAGACUGACGGAGAACCCAGCACUUACCCUGCCUCACCCAGAGUGUGAUGUCACAGAUCCAUCAACCAAUGUCAAGUGUCCUCAAUGUCAGGUAACCUACUGUUGUCCAGAGUGUCAAAAGAGAGCUUGGGAAGAAUAUCAUCAGACUUUGUGCAUGGGGUCAUCUAGACAGGAUGAAAACCACCCACUAUAUAAGUUACAAGAAAUGUGGAGAAACAUUCAUUUUCCUCCAGAAUCAUGCAGUAUAAUGCUUAUAGCAAAGAUGAUUGCCCUAGUCAAACAAAGUAAAAAUAAAUCAGCAGUCUUGGAGAAAUUCUCUGGUUUUGUUAAAACCACAGAGAAUGAAGAUGAAGCACUGGUACAUAAAAUGAUGGGUGAAAAAUUCCAGGAGCCCCUUGAAAUGUUGCGACAACAGACGACAGAAACAAUGUACGACGACACUAUACAACAUUGGUUUACACCAGAGGGGUUCCGCUCUUUAUUUGCUCUAGUUGGAAGAAACGGUCAAGGUAUAGGUUCAAGUUCCAUUAGUGCAUGGGUGAAAAACUGUGAAGAGUUGGCUUUAUCAGAUGAAAAAAAGGAGGAGUUGGACCUUUUUAUUGACCAACUGUACGAGGAACUAGAAAAGGUUUCGGGAUCUUUUUUGGAUUGUGAGGGCUCUGGACUUUACUCAUUACAAAGUACUUGUAACCACAGCUGUCUACCAAAUGCUGAGAUAACUUUUCCCUACAACAAUAAUGUGAUGGCAGUUGUAGCAAAAGAGAAAAUACCAAGUGGCCAGGAGAUCUGCAUCAGCUAUCUCAGUGAAUGUGACCUGUCAAGGAGUCGACACAGUCGUCAAAAGAUUCUGAAGGAAAAUUAUCUCUUCACAUGUUAUUGCACGAAAUGUUUGAGUGAAGCAGACGAACCAGAUGUGACAUCAGAUGAAGAGGACGAGGAAGAAAUGGAUGAAGAUAACUAAAUGACACAGUUUUCAUCAAAUUUUUUAGAUUACCCAAUUGCUUUAUGGAUUAUAAGCAUGGUUCAUGGUGGUCAGAUAAUUAAAAUAUUAAUGUAAAUAUUUACUUCAUUAAAGUCUGUCUAAGGCUUAACUAAACUGUAAAAUACAGAUUUAGCAAAGAGGAUAACAAACUCUGCAUGCUUACUGUCAAGUCCAAUUCAUUCCUCUUGUCCUAAAACUAAGCAGGAAUAACAAUGUUAAGAACAAAUCAAAAUCGCUCUUCCCUGAUGCUAGUUAUCCUAAAACCAUGUUUUACUGUAAAUAUUGUGGUUCCUUGUGUCAAGAGGAGUUCUCUUCUCAGUAGUUCAUGAACCAAAUGGCUCGUUCUUGCCACAGUGAUGUGGAGACUUUGAUUUCCUGCUCAUAGAUGCAUUGUACUGAUAAGGCCAUCCUUUUAAAGAAAUGUUUGUUUGGAAUUGCUG